GGGGGGACUAAACACUAGAUUUGGUCGCCAUCUUGUUUUGUGAAAUAUUGCAAGAGUUUUUGCAAUAAAACGGUGAGUUUGAGAUAGGAUUUUUACAUGUUUGCUUUGUUUUUUCAUUAUAAAUAGUUUAGGGAAUAAAUCAUUAGUAUUUCUGAUUUCUUUUAUUCAAUUUCAGCCAGCGUUUUCUCUGUUCAUCGAGCUAAAUCUGCCCAAAUUAUGGUGAGCGCCGAAGGAGCAAACUUGAAAGGAUGGCAAGUUUAUUUUAACAAUGUCACUGUCAAAGGACGAAGAAAUGUAAGUAAAUAUAUAAAUAUUCAUGUUUAUUGCUAAAUUAUAGUUUGUUUUGCUAACAGCACGGGACUAGUAGGACUCCAUUGAUGUUUUAAUAUAUUAAAACAAUACACAGUGCCGUGGUUUAUAUUCGUCCAAAUAUAUCGGACACUCAGACUGCAGAGUGUGGCAAGUGCACACCCGAGAAAUUUUUCGUUGAACUCCCGUGUACACUUGGAGUAAAAAAUGUAAAAUACACUCAAUUAUUUAAACGAUGAUCGGUUAUAUAAUACAGUAAUACACUAUUUUUCUACUGCAAUUUUUCCUAGUUCCAGGGCACAAUGUUUCCCCAUGACCGUAUUUGUUUAAUAUAAUAAAUUAAAUUCAGUUUUGCAAUUUAUGAACAAGAAUUACUAUAUUUCAUAACUCCAUGCAAACUUGAAAGAAUUUUAUUAUUUUGAUUAUUAUUAAACAUCCUUUUUAUAAAUAUGCACACUGCAUUUGAGUCUGCACACUUGACAUUUUUCAUUUGCACACCCGAAAUCUCAGUGAAAAAAGCCACAUCUGCACUCUGGUCCAGACACAGGGCCAGGACCCAGGCAUACAUUGUGUAAUAUAUUUAAAUUGUAUGGAUAUUUAAGUGUAUAUAAACUAAGUAAAAACUGAAUAAAAAUAUAUACCAUACCGGGUGUCAGGGUGUGUUCUGUGCAGGCCUUGAAUUUCCCUGAAAUCAAUCGACGGCAAUGGCAUUAAAAAUUUCCGUAGAACGUAACAGCUGUCUACGGCAAUUUUGGCAGUUUCCACGGCAUUUUUUCAAAAAGUUUAUUCUUACUUCGGAUUGUUGACAAGCUAGAAACAUGUUUACGUAUUUCUUUAAGUGCUUUUUUUCAAAGAAAACUGAGACUAAAAUAGUAAUUUAAGUAUGAUUUGAUCAACAUCUGAAUUCAAGUAUCAACAAUUAUUCAAGUAUUCAAGUAAGCACAGUGAAUAGUAUAAAAGUUACACUAUACGGCAAAAAAUUGCAGCCGUUGCCGCAAUAAUCAACAGCAUUUUGUUCUCCCUCUACGGCGAUUGCUGCGAUAAAAUUCAAGCCCUGGUUCUGUGACUUCUGUCUAAUUAUAUUAUUGAGGUUCAGAUUUGACUUCCACUACAGCUACCAUUAAGGGACCAUCAACCAAUCAGAUGUGUUUGAUAUAUUUGAUUAACCAAUUAGAUGCGUACCUGAGCCAGUUAGUGGUAGCAGUAGUCAAAUCUGAACCUCUAUAUUUAUUAGUUCUAUUCCAACCACUACAAGCUCAAAAUAUGUUCAGAAUCUGGACUGGAAAGUUUGGAAAUUGCACACUCGGAAAUUUACUAGUAAAUAUAUAGAAAGCAUCAAAAUUGGUUGCCCUCAGUAUUAGAAAAUUUUAAGAGUUUAUUUGCUUUAGAAAGGAACAAUGUGAAGGGUCUCAAAAAAAAAAUGUAUUCUAUAGUAAGGAAAAUGUCCUGUUAAUUGUAUGAAGUUUUGAAGCAUUACAAUGAAAUUUGCAUCAAAUUCUGUCUGGCCUUUUAGCGAACAUUGUUUCCACUCAGAUCUGUGGUCCCUUCUGUUUGUCUUACCCAUCAUCACCUCAGGGAUAUUCUUAGCAUAUUUUGAGCUCAUAACAGUUGGAAUAGAACUAGUGAAUGUUAGACAGAACACACCCAGUAUGGUAUGUGUAUGUAUUUUUGUUCAGUUUUUACUUAGUCUAUGUACACUUAAAUGUCCCGUAGAAUUUAAAUAUAUUGUACAAAUGUAUGCCUAAGCCCCCUAUGACUGGAUACCAAUAUUUAGGUGUUAUUCGUCUGACAGAAAUAUUUACCAAAACUGUGGUUGCUUCCUCUUGCCUGAAAAAAAUGUGUCUAUUUUUGUGUCAAAACAUUCAGGAAUCUGGAAUGUGACCACAUAGUCCACAUUCCUAUGCGUAAUAUUACAAUUUCUCGAGGACCAGUCUGAAUGUCACCCUUCCCACAACGUUAAUUUCAUGACAUUAGGAAUGUAAUCUCAUUCCUGCAAGUUUUUUAUGUGAAAACAUUGCACAUUUUUUCAAAUGAGAGGAAAAUCUACGGUUAUUGUAGUAUUUUCCUCAUUCUUUAAAUUAAACAUGUUGAAAUGAUACCAAGUAAACUUCAGCUUUGUAUGUGCUACCCCCAGAUUUAAAUCCAAGAGUGGAAUUUCAAGCAUAAUCCGGAAGUGGCUUUUUAAGCAUAUAGCAUUGUGCAUAUAUAUGUAAGAAGUACAUGACAAAACACAAUCCGAGGAUUAGCAUCUUGAAACUCAAGAUACGGGUCAAAACAGGAGUUUGUCCUGCAAACAACUCAUUAGGAUUAGGGUGUGGGAAAGGUCAGAAAAAAUUAUUGUGUGAAAAAAUAUGAAUGAUGUACAAACACAUGUAUUCAAUACUAAUAUUGUGUCGGAUUAAUCAUGGAUGUCGUCGGAUUAAUCAUCGUAUUUAACAAAUUUUCCGGCAUCUGGGUUCCGGCCGGAUUUGGAGAAAAUUCGGCCAGAUUUAAAUUUCUGUUUUCACCUUAAAAAGUUCACCAAGAAUGGGAUAAACCAUCAAUUUGGCAGCUUUAAAGUUUAAAAAAACACUUAUAUUAUUAUAAAAUAUUAAGUUAUUAACAAAAAGAUGUUUAAAAAAGGUUUAAACACAAUCAAAAAUCUAAACUGACAUUAACUAAAAAUAGUAAAAACCAUAAACCGUCAUUUUGAAUACUGAUUUAUCCCCAAUUGUCCCCAUUACCGGUUUAUCUCAAAUCCGGCCAGAUUUGAAAAUUCCAAAUCCGGUGCACCCCUAUAUGGUACGUUACUUUAUCAAAUAGUCAGGCUUAUCUCUGCAAUUUUUACUCUCUGGUAAUACCAGACAAUGUGACAACAAACAGCUCUGCAUGCAGGUUUUAGGUGGCUAUUUUUCACAUUUUAUGUUAUUUUUUGCUAAAUAGUAACAUAUUUAAUUGUAAUGAGGUUUUAUAAUAUCCGAUACUGCAUAGACCAGUAUAUUAUUGGGACAAUUUAUAAAUAUAAAAUGUUACAUUUCAAAUGCAAAUAAAACAUGUCUGUAUUUAGUUCAGUACAAAUCUUCUAAAACAAAUUGCAAACAUCAUAUUAACAGGAGAAUCUUUUGCAUGGUAUGUAACACACCACGCUCCCGGCAAAACUAAUGAAUGUACUUUUCCACUUGCUUAUGACUAUAUUCAAUUUUUUAUUUUUUUCUCAAGUGCAGCGAACAAACUUUAAAAGUAUGUUUAGUGCUUUAUCUGUAAAUUUAUGCCAAAAUGAAGAGAUUUUAGAUAGUACGCCAAAGAGAAAAUGAUGUCUGAAGUUCAGUAAGUUUCGCUUAUAUUGCUGUAUAAAUCUGACAUCAAUUUUACAGCAUCAAUGAUAAUUGUGUUUAUAUUAUUUUGUGUUUCUUCUGUUUCUCAGACUAUCUAAAUUACAAAACAACACUAAAACAAAGUAAUUUUGAGACAAACAUCAAAAAUAUUUUAGGUGUUGAACACUUUUCAUCACAUACACGACAUUGAAAAAAAUGCCUCUUAAUAUAUCCCAUUGCUAGUGAAUUGGCAGAUGUAACGUCAACCCUGGAUUUCCGUUUAUUUGCAUAGAAACGUAAACAACUACUACUCAAAUUCUUUGAAUGGAAGGUUUCUAGGUAUUAUAAAGAAAUAAAAAAAAAAUCGGGUUGGGAUGCGAACCAAGUUACUUUUUACUUGGCCUUUAUGUCACAUAUGUAAUUAAUAAAUAUGUUGUUUUAUAUAGGUUGUGUUUGCUGUAUAUGGCAGUUGUUUUGCUGUGUGGGCAUUGAUGAAAAUGAGAAAAGGUAGUCCUGCUAUUGAACAAUCAAAAUAGACCUUAAAAACUGAUGUUUGUACAAUAUUCGAGACUUCACAACUCCUUGUUUUGCUAGAGUAAGCUGUUAAUAAAUAUAUGGCAUUAUUUUGUAUCUUUUACUUAAUUAAAUAGUCA